AUUUUUUUCCCCAACAUAUUAGGCGGCGGUGAAGCUUUUACCGGCGUCAGAAGCUUUUUUGUUCUUCGUGCUCUAUCCUCUUUCUCAAACCGAAGUAGCAUUCUCCAGACGACUUCUCCGAACCUGCUUCUUUGGUCAGACCACCAACUGCAGUUUAGAUAAUAAUGUCGGAGGUUAAACCAUUGAUUGGUCUUAAAUGGGAACCAAAGCUUCCAUGCUUAGCUUUAGACUCCAAAACUGGCUCCAGCUCGAGUAAAGUUGCUGAGAGUGGUUCUUCUCUCUGGACGUCUAAGUCUGAGCUCGUUGAUGGUCUUUGUCUCCCGCCUACUGAUCCAAAGAAAGUCAACAAGAUGAUGAGAAAGCAACUCAAAGACACCACUGGUUCUAACUGGUUUGAUAUGCCUGCACCUACAAUGACUCCUGAGUUGAAAAGAGACCUUCAGUUACUCAAGUUGAGGAAUGUAAUGGAUCCUAAGAAACAUUACAAGAGAGUUGCUUCCUCUUCGAAACUAGCUGAAAAGUAUUUCCAGGUUGGUACAGUAAUUGAACCAGCACAAGAGUACUUUGAUAGAGUCACAAAGAAGAAUAGGAAAACAACUCUUGCUGAGGACUUGGUGUCAGACCCCAAAUUUUCUCAGUACAGGCAACGUAAAGUGAGGGAGAUUGAAGAGAAGAACAGAUCUAAUCAGGAUAAGAAGUGGAAGAGAAAGGGAAGCGACUCCAAGAAAACAAAACAUAGAAGGCACUGAAUUGCUGCAUUUAUCAGAGAAUAUGAUCUCUUUACCUUGUAAUGACAUACUGUUGUUGUUUUACAGCCUUGGUUUGAAGGAUUGGUUUUGUUUGUCUACCUGUCGGUUCGGAUGAUUAAACAGCGUUGAUGGAGAUUGAAUA